UUGGCCAUUUCCAUAUCCGUAUGUUGUCGAGCUUUGGGUUGAAGUUGUCAAAAACUGCCUCGUCACUUGUGGGUCGCUAUACUUCAUACUUAUUGCAUAGUCGUUCUUAUUUAGUUUCUUUAUGUUGUUACUCGUCUUCAUGGGUUCCAUCCAACUCCAAUCUUCUUCUGGAAAAGACUCGGAGUCAUGGCGCCUUUUGUACAACACUUCGAUCACUUUGUCAAACUUCAAACAGUACACUCAACAAACUAUCAGAAAUAGCGGAUGCUGACUUGGUUAGAAGGGAACGAUUUGUAUUACAAGGAUUCUUGAGUACUUUGGAGAAAUUUCCAUACAAAAACGAAAGAGAUAUCAACCUAUUAAAAGAAGUCAUCAGAAGACUUGACGGUUUAUUUUUAUUGGUUGUCGUUGGAGAAUUCAAUUCAGGGAAAUCAAGUUUGAUCAACGCACUAUUGGGUGGACACUUUUUACCGCAAGGUCCAACACCAACAACUGCACAAGUUAGCCUUGUCAAAGGUCCAUACUCUUCUUCACCAGAUGCCGAUAAUUAUGAAGCUGAUUAUCAUAUUUAUUCAGUUCCUGUGCCUUGGUUGAAGUAUAUGAAUAUUGUAGAUACUCCUGGGACCAACGCUAUUGAACAAGCACAUGAAAUACUAACCAAAGAAUUUGUUCCUAGAGCAGAUCUUAUUUUAUUUACAACUUCUGCAGAUAGACCUUUUAGUGAGAGUGAAAGAAGAUUCUUGGAAGAAAUACGUAAUUGGGGAAAGAAGGUCAUCAUCGUGCUCAACAAAAUUGACCUUUUAAUGGAUAGUGAUCAGCCAAACAAAGACUCUGUUCAAGCAGUGGUGCAUUAUGUAAGAGAUCAUGCAAGAAUAUGGGUUGGAAGUGAUCCACAAAUAUUUCCUGUAAGUUCUCGACUCGCAUUAUUAGCAAAAGAACGUUUACAUCCCACUACUACUACUACUACUAGCAGUAGUCGUAAUCAUAUGGAUUCGAAUACUAUGUUGGAAGCCAAUCACCUAUUGGAAGCGAGUCGAUUUCCUAGUUUAGAAGCCUUUAUCACCAAAACAUUGGAUGACCGGGAACGUUGGAAGAUCAAGUUGGAAACUCCACUUGCUUUGGCACAAUCGAUGCAAAAGACUUAUCAGACUUUGAUCAAAAGUAGAAAAGAUAUUUUGGAAAAAGACUUGUUGUGCAUUUCAGAUAUUCAAGAAUCGUUACAGAUGUAUCGAGAAGACUUUAAUCGCGAGUCUCAAUCCCAAUUGGUUCGAAUAGAUAAUAUUAUAUUACGUUUGCAACAACGAGCUAGUCAGUUUUUUUAUGAGCGCAUUCAAUUGAGAUAUAGUAUUCCUUUAUUGCGAAAUAAUCAGAGUUUGUCACCUGAAUUGGAAAGUGUAUUGGGUAAUACGGCGGUAGAGUUGGAACAGGAAGUGUUAGCAAUGGUUGGUUGGUUACAAGAAAAGAAUCGAAGACAUUGGAAAGAAAUAUCUCGAUUAUAUGAUCAUCGGUUGAAUUGUCGACAGAGAGAGUUGGAACCAACACAUUCAUCAUCCGAGUCUGGAAGUUGGAAUGGUCAUUGGGUGAGUGCGUUGCAAGAUCUUUCAUUGAAUUGGAUAUCGAAGGAAAUGGAUGACUGGGAUAUGGAUGCUGAGUCUAAACGUCAAAUGACAUUGACUGAGUUGAAACGCGCUUCGACAGAUUUAUGGCAUGAAAAGUUUUCAUCGCAAGAAGAAGCACAACGUUUGGUUUUACAUGUUCGCAAGUCAUUAUUGACGAUGUUUAGUGCUCAAGCUGGUGCAUUAGGGUUAUUAGGAACACUUUCUAUUUUAUCCACUUUGGACAUUUCUGGUAUCAUUUUCACUUGUGCAUUAGCUAUUGCAAGUACAGGAGUGUUUCCUUAUAGGAAAAAACAAUUUUUACGAACUUUUCACUCAAAGAUGGAUCAGUUUCGUCAUGCUUUGAGAGAAGAGAUUGAGAAAGAAUUGCGCCAUCAGUUGGAUCAACAUAUUGUUACGAUAGAGAAUGCAAUGGCACCUUUUUCACGUUUUAUUCGUUCUCGCAAAGCAAUGGUACUAGAAGAAGAACAGCAGUUGAGUCACAUUGCAUCUCAAAUAAGUAUGAUGAGAGAUUUGAUAUCCAAUCGAUUUGAAAGUGAGCCAAGUACACCAACUUUACAAGAGUCAAAGUCGCCUUUAUCCCAUCCAUCUUCGAGUGGUUUUUCAUCUGAUCAUUCGUUGACACAAGAAACCAAACCUUGAGAUAGUCAUGAAUAAUAAGAUACUCUCUAUAUAUAUAUAUAUAUACCAUAAUAAAUCAAUUGGAUAUACA